GUAAAAUAUAAGUAAAGACUUUCUUAUCAAGAAGAGAGAAAAAAGGGCCGCUGAAAAAUCGCCAGAAGAAAAAGAAGUCCUCUCACAAGCUCUCUGAAUUAGGGCCUAAAGAGGGGAUCUUUUUUCUUCCCAUCGUACAAAUUACAAUAUCUACAUAGCAGAUUGUGAGACGUCUGUAUAUAUACAGGUAUAUAAAUUUUAUUUGUGUAUAUAUGGAUCAGGUAUUGAACAAGGUGGGAUCGUACUGGUUGGGGAAAAAAGCCAACAAAGAAAUCAACUCCGUCGGCGACGAUAUCAACUCCCUGUCAGCCAGUAUUGAAGGAGGAGCCAAAUGGUUGGUUAACAAGUUAAAAGGAAAAAUGCAAAAGCCAUUGUUGGAGCUGCUGAAGGAAUAUGACAUGGCUGUAGGCAUUUUCCCUCGUGAUGCCACCAACUAUGAGUUCAAUGANUAGCCAUCAAGA